UUUCACCCAGGAUGUCUACCUUUUAACUUCCCCUUAGCAACGAGUGGCGGCUCUUGGUUCCCCUAGCAACCGUUCAAAGCGUCUGCUGCGCGGAACCAGCCCGGUAACCUGCUCUUGAAAAGGACAAUUCUGGAUCUGUUUCUCCGUGAGAAGGCUACUGCACGGACCGUGGUGCAUUCCCCACCUCCUAUCUGUGGUCUUCACCAGCUGAACUGUCAUCAGGCAAGUCAACAGGAACUCAGGGGAGGAUGAACCGGCUAUGCAACUCACUGGAGCCAAAAGUGAUGGACGACGACAUGCUGAAGGUGGCUGUACGGGAGCAGGGCCCACAGGAGGAGGCCGGGCAGCUGGCCAAGCAGGAGGGCAUCCUUUUUAAGGACAUCCUUUCCCUGCAGCUGGAUUUCCAGAACAUCCUCCGCAUCGACAACCUCUGGCAGUUUGAGAACUUGAGGAAGCUGCAGCUGGACAAUAACAUCAUUGAGAGGAUCGAGGGCCUGGAGAACCUCACACACCUGGUCUGGCUAGACCUGUCCUUCAACAACAUUGAGGCCAUCGAGGGGCUGGACACACUGGUAAACCUGGAGGACCUGAGCCUGUUCAACAACCGUAUCUCCAAGAUCGACUCUCUGGACGCCCUGGCCAAGCUGCAGGUGCUGUCACUUGGCAACAACCAGAUCGGCAACGUGAUGAAUAUCAUAUACCUGCGUCGGUUCAAGGACCUGCGGGCGCUCAGCCUCUCUGGAAACCCCAUCGCCGAGGCAGAGGAUUACAAGAUGUCUGUCUUGGCCUACCUCCCUGACCUCGUGUACCUGGACUCGCGGCGCAUCGAUGACCACAUGAAAGAGCUGGCGGAGCUUAAGCACCAGUACAGCCUCGAUGAGCUGAAGCACCGGGAGAACCAGAUUCAGGCCAAGCUGGAGAAUGAGCAGGACCUGCGGAAGGAGCUGGAGAAGCACAGGGCUGCGUUUGUCGAGCACCUGAACGGCUCCUUCCUGUUUGACAGCAUGUAUGCUGAGGACGUGGAAGGCAACAAGCUGGCCUGCCUGCCCAGCGUUGGUGAGCUCCUUGAGGCCUACAAGGACAAAUUUGUCAUCAUUUGCCUGAAUAUUUUCGAGUAUGGACUAAAACAGCAGGAGAAGCGGAAAGCGGAGCUCGACACGUUCAAUGCGUGUGUCCACGAGGCCGUCCGGGAAAACCAGGAGCAGGGCAAACACAGGGUUGCCAUGUUCGAGGAGAAGCACUUGGUGAGUCUAAGUGCCAUUCAGGAUGAGGCCGACAUAACCAGCAGUGAGAUGAAGCUCGUGGAGUACGGCGAGGACAUCACUGAGCUGUACAACGUGCUCAUGACGCUGGAGAUGCAGUUGGUAGAGCAGCUGGAGGAGACUAUAAACAUGUUUGAAAGGAACAUCAUUGACUUGGUGGGGCUCUUCAUCGAGAACGUCCAAAGCCUGAUGGUUCAGUGUCGGGACCUGGAGACCCACCACCACGAGAAGCUCCUGGAGAUCUGCAUCAAUACUCUGGAGAAGAUACUCAAGGGGGAGACAGAUGAGGACCUGCCCGAUGACGUGCGAGCGCUGUUUGUGGACAAAGACACAAUCGUGAAUGCUGUCGGGACAUCGCAUGACAUCCAUCUCCUGAAGAUCGACAAUCGAGAAGAUGAGCUGCUGACCAGGGCCAACUCUUGGUGUACGCAGUUAGUGGACAAGAUUCACCAGGACGAGAUCAGCAGGAACCGUAGGCGCGUGAGGGAGAUCAAUCAGUACAUCGACCACAUGCAGAGUGAACUGGACAACCUGGAGUACACGGACAUCAUAGAUUAGGGGCCUCGGAGAACACGGCCUCGGCCCGGCAGGGCAGUGCCUCAGGAGACACUUACUGGGGACUGCUCAACCCACAACACCAUUCUUCCCCCACCCCGGGAAAAACUUCCAAAGGUAGAGAAAAAGAAAGAACUUGUGUCAUUUUCCUCCAGUAUUUAAAUAAAUCAUCAGAAUUCACAUUGGUGUAGGAGCAGGAGAAAAGCCCAGGUGAGCAGCUGGCCGGUCUACUGAGAGCAGCUCCACAGGGCUGCGGCCUAAUGCCAGCUGUGUGCGUUUCCGGAUGUUCCCAGGGCAGGCUGCAGGCUGUGGGCAGAGGCGGACAGCGUGACUGAGCCCUUCUCUCCUCUGGGUGUGAGGAACAGCCAGAGCGGCUGCAACACAGCCCUGGGGCCCGGGCUGCCCACUCAGGCAGAGGCUGCGGCUCCGGGUCCCUAGGCUUGGCUGCAGGGACCCAACAACCCUCCAGAGGUUAAGAGCCAGGCUGGGCAUCCCACGCCACCUCUGCCGCCUGAGCUUCAUCUGUGUUGUGGGGAUGUGACAGUACCUUCCCUGAGCACAGUUGAGGGGUUCAGGGAACACGUGUGGAAAGCGUGGAGAAGCACCUGGCAAGUGGCCGGUGCCCCAUGAAUGGGAGAGAUGCCAUUUUGUUUUGCUGGGAGAGGUGUGCAAGGCCUGGAAGCUCAGAAAGCCUUUGCUGCCUGCAACCAGACUCUGCGGCUUCCCUCUCUCUGAGCCCCGGCACCAGGACACGCGCCUGCCUCCCAGGACUUAGCAAGUGGCUGUCGGGAGGACGCUCUGGGUGCCCUGAGUGGGACACGUGCACACACGUUGGGUGGCCUUGCCAGGCCUGCCUGGGAUUUUAACCCAGGAGUGACGUAUACUUUCCAUUUUCAAGAAUAAAUCAUUUUUUUCUAAAGUAGGAGGAACAACCAGCUUAGACCAAAAGGAGUCACUUUCAAAGGAUCGUUUGAUUAAAAAUCAGGAAACAAAAGCCUCUGGGCUGAGGGUCAAGGGCCACACACAUAGUUGUCUGUUGGUGACGCGAUACCUGGGGGCA